AUGCCUCGCGAAGCAGAACCUUCCAUCAACGACCGCGCUUUUCUCCUCCAAGCUCUCCAGGAGAACAUUCGCCUCGAUGGCCGCGCCCUUGAUGCUUACCGCCACCUCGACAUAUCCUUCGGCGACGACUACGGCGUCGCAGACGUUCGCUUGGGCAAGACGAGAGUCCUCACACGUAUCUCAGCCUCCAUAACAGCUCCCCGCCCCGACCGGAAGUUCGACGGCAUCUUCACCAUCACAACCGAGCUCUCCCCCCUCGCAUCCCCCGCCUUCGAAUCCGGCCGCCAAUCAGACCUCGAAACGCACCUCUCCCGCAUCCUCGAGACCUCCCUCCGGCGCUCGCAAGCUCUAUCGACCGAGUCCCUCUGCCUGGUAGCGGGCCAAAAAGUAUGGGCCCUCCGCGCCGACAUCCACGUUCUCGACUACGACGGCGGUCUCAUAGACGCCUGCUGCCUCUCCACCCUGACCGCACUCCGGCACUACAGAAUCCCGGACGCUAGCGUAAAAGGCGGCGACUUGACCGUCUACACCCCCGUGGAGCGCGACCCGGUACCGCUCGCCCUACUCCACCACCCCGUCUGUGUGACCCUCAACUUCUUCGAAUCGGGUGAAAAAUGGCUCGUGGACGCGACGUUGAUGGAGCAGCAAUGCAGUGAAGGGGAAAUCGUAGUCGCGGCGAAUCCGCAGGGGGAAGUGUGUCUGGUGCAGAAAGGGGGAGGAGGGGAGGUGGAUGCGCUAGUGUUGCUGCGAUGUGUGGAGGUGGCGAUGGGGAAGGUCAGGGAGCUGGGCAAGGCCAUGGAUGGAGCGUUGGCGAAGGAUGCGAAAAGGAGGGACAAGGGAGGGAUGAGUAGGGAGUUGAGGGCGGAGAAUGAGCGGUGA